CGCCCCGCGCCGCGGCCGCCCCCUCCCCGCGCCGUGACAGACAGCUCCGGCGGCGCGCUCGGCCGGGGAGGCGGCGAUGCGAUGCGAUGCGCCGCCGCCAUCCCGGCGCAGCCCGCGGCGUGCCCUGCCUGCCGGCAGCCCGCGGCCGCCCCUAGCCGAGCUGCAGGCGGAAGGGCAGGGGCGGCGGCGGCUUCUUCUUCCCCGCGCCCCGCAUGAGGAGAGGCGUUAAAUAGCGCCAGCGCCGCGGCGGCCGCCACUGCCCGCUCGGUGGCGGCGGGGCCGCCUGGCCGGCGGCGGAAACAUGGCGAGCGACUCCCCGGCGCGGAGCCUGGACGAGAUCGACCUCUCGGCGCUGCGGGAUCCUGCGGGAAUCUUUGAACUGGUGGAGCUUGUUGGCAAUGGUACCUAUGGGCAGGUCUAUAAGGGUCGUCAUGUUAAAACAGGCCAGCUUGCUGCUAUUAAGGUUAUGGACGUCACCGGGGAUGAAGAGGAAGAGAUCAAACAAGAAAUUAACAUGCUGAAGAAGUAUUCUCAUCACCGAAAUAUCGCUACGUAUUAUGGUGCUUUUAUUAAAAAGAACCCACCAGGAAUGGAUGAUCAGCUCUGGCUGGUGAUGGAGUUCUGCGGUGCGGGUUCCGUCACGGACCUCAUCAAGAACACGAAGGGGAACACCUUGAAGGAGGAGUGGAUCGCCUACAUCUGCAGAGAGAUUUUACGGGGCUUGAGUCAUCUACACCAGCACAAAGUAAUUCAUCGAGACAUCAAGGGACAGAAUGUAUUGCUGACGGAAAAUGCAGAAGUUAAACUAGUGGAUUUUGGUGUCAGCGCUCAGCUGGACAGAACGGUGGGCAGGAGAAACACCUUCAUUGGAACGCCUUACUGGAUGGCCCCCGAGGUCAUUGCCUGCGAUGAAAAUCCAGAUGCCACUUACGACUUCAAGAGCGACUUGUGGUCUUUGGGGAUAACGGCCAUCGAGAUGGCAGAAGGCGCUCCCCCUCUCUGUGACAUGCAUCCCAUGAGAGCCCUCUUCCUCAUCCCCCGCAACCCGGCCCCGAGAUUGAAAUCAAAGAAGUGGUCUAAAAAGUUUCAGUCCUUCAUUGAGAGCUGCCUGGUGAAGAACCACAGCCAGAGACCAACCACGGAGCAGCUGAUGAAGCACCCCUUCAUCCGAGACCAGCCCAACGAAAGGCAGGUCCGCAUCCAGCUCAAGGACCACAUCGACAGGACUAAAAAGAAGCGAGGCGAGAAAGAUGAGACAGAGUAUGAGUACAGUGGAAGUGAGGAGGAGGAGGAAGAAAAUGACUCCGGAGAGCCCAGCUCCAUCCUAAACCUGCCUGGGGAGUCGACGCUGAGACGGGAUUUCUUGAGGCUGCAGCUGGCAAACAAGGAGCGGUCGGAGGCGCUGCGCCGGCAGCAGCUGGAGCAGCAGCAGCGGGAGAACGAGGAGCACAAGCGGCAAUUGCUGGCUGAGCGGCAGAAGCGGAUCGAGGAGCAGAAGGAGCAGAGGCGAAGGCUGGAGGAGCAGCAGAGGCGGGAGAAGGAGCUGCGGAAGCAGCAGGAGCGGGAGCAGCGGCGGCACUACGAGGAGCAGAUGCGGCGGGAGGAGGAGCGGCGGCGUGCGGAGCAUGAGCAGGAGUACAUCAGGCGACAGUUAGAGGAGGAGCAGAGACAGUUAGAGAUCCUGCAGCAGCAGUUGUUGCAGGAGCAAGCGCUACUUCUGGAGUAUAAGCGCAAGCAGCUGGAAGAGCAGCGGCAAGCGGAGAGGCUGCAGAGGCAGCUCCAGCAGGAGCGGGACUACCUGGUGUCCCUGCAGCAGCAGCAGCAGCAGCAGCGGCAGGACCAGAGGCCGGCAGAGAAGAAACCCCUCUACCAUUACAAAGAAGGGAUAAAUGCCAGCGAGAAACCAGCCUGGGCCAAGGAGGUGGAGGAGCGCUCCCGGCUCAAUCGCCAGAGCUCGCCGGCCAUGCCCCAUAAGGUGGCCAACAGAAUUUCUGACCCCAACCUGCCUCCUCGGUCGGAGUCUUUCAGCAUUAGUGGUGUGCAGCCGGCCCGGACCCCACCUCUGCUCCGACCUGUGGACCCGCAGAUUCCACAUCUGGUCACUGUGAAAUCCCAAGGAAGCUCCUUGUCUGGGUCUCAGUCACUGCAUGAACAGCCUGCAAAGGGACUGGCUGGGUUUCAGGAGGCUCUGACGGUGACCUCUCACCGCACUGAGAUGCCAAGGCAGAACUCGGACCCCACCUCAGAAAACCCUCCUCUGCCCCCUCGCAUUGAAAAGUUUGACCGAAGUUCUUGGUUACGGCAGGAGGAAGACAUUCCACCAAAGGUGCCUCAACGAACCACUUCCAUAUCCCCUGCUCUGGCGAGGAAGAACUCCCCGGGCAACGGCAGCGCCCUGGGGCCCCGGCUGGGCUCCCAGCCCAUUCGGGCAAGCAACCCAGACCUGAGGAGGACGGAGCCCAUCGUUGAGAGCCCGCUGCAGAGGACCAGCAGCGGCAGCUCCUCCAGCUCCAGCACUCCCAGCUCCCAGCCCAGCUCCCAGGGUGGGUCCCAGCCCGGCUCCCAGGCUGGCUCCAGCGAGCGCAACAGAGUCAGAGGGAACGCCAAGCCCGAAGGCUCCCCCGUGCUCUCCCACGAGCCCGCCAAGGUAAAGCAGGAAGACAACAGGGAUGUGACGCGACCAAGCCGACCCGCUGAUCUGACGGCCUUAGCCAAAGAGUUGAGGGAGCUGCGCAUCGAAGAAACCAAUCGCCCCCUGAAGAAGGUGACGGACUACUCCUCCUCCAGCGAGGAGUCGGAAAGCAGCGAGGAGGAGGAGGAGGAUGGGGAAAACGAGACGCAUGAUGGGACCGUGCCUGUCAGUGACAUCCCACGGCUUAUACCAACAGGAAUUCCUGGAAGCAAUGAGCCAUACAACCUGGGAAUGGUGACAACCCAUGGGAUAGAGACUUCCCAUGCAGAUACGUUUAGCAAUAUUUCAAGGGAAGGGACUUUAAUGGUGAGGGAGACCUCUGGUGAAAAAAAGCGUUCUGGCCACGCAGCCAGCAAUGGCUUUGCAGGUCACAUCAAUCUCCCUGACCUGGUGCAGCAAAGCCACUCGCCUGCGGGCACGCCGACCGAGGCCCUGGGGCGAGUCUCCACGCAUGCGCAGGACAUGGACUCGGUGCCUGAAUAUGGUAUGGGAAGUAGCACCAAAGCCUCUUUCACCCCCUUUGUGGACACCAGAGUGUAUCAGACCUCGCCUACUGAUGAAGAUGAAGAUGAGGACGAAGAGUCAUCUGCUACUGCCCUGUUCACCAGCGAGCUGCUCAGACAGGAGCAGGCCAAGCUGAACGAAGCCCGGAAGAUCUCGGUGGUGAACGUCAACCCCACCAACAUCCGUCCCCACAGCGACACCCCGGAGAUCCGGAAAUACAAGAAGCGCUUCAACUCGGAGAUACUCUGUGCUGCUUUAUGGGGUGUGAAUCUGCUGGUGGGCACAGAAAAUGGCCUGAUGCUGCUGGAUCGAAGCGGACAGGGGAAGGUCUACAACCUGAUCAACAGACGGCGAUUUCAACAGAUGGACGUACUUGAGGGCCUUAAUGUCCUCGUGACAAUAUCAGGAAAGAAGAACAAGCUGCGUGUGUACUAUCUCUCCUGGCUGAGAAACAGAAUUUUACACAACGACCCUGAAGUGGAGAAGAAGCAGGGCUGGAUCACGGUCGGGGACCUGGAGGGAUGCAUCCACUACAAAGUUGUGAAAUAUGAAAGAAUCAAGUUCUUGGUGAUUGCCUUAAAGAAUGCUGUAGAGAUCUACGCUUGGGCUCCUAAACCAUAUCACAAGUUUAUGGCAUUUAAGUCUUUUGCAGAUCUCCAGCACAAGCCGUUGCUCGUGGAUCUCACUGUAGAAGAGGGUCAGAGACUCAAGGUUAUCUUUGGAUCACACACUGGUUUCCAUGUGAUUGAUGUAGAUUCUGGGAACUCUUAUGAUAUCUACAUACCGUCUCACAUUCAGGGCAAUAUUACUCCUCACGCCAUUGUCAUCCUGCCUAAAACAGACGGGAUGGAGAUGCUUGUGUGCUAUGAGGAUGAAGGCGUAUAUGUGAACACCUAUGGACGGAUAACUAAAGAUGUGGUGCUCCAGUGGGGAGAAAUGCCUACUUCCGUGGCCUACAUUCAUUCCAAUCAAAUAAUGGGCUGGGGAGAGAAAGCUAUUGAAAUCCGGUCAGUGGAGACGGGACAUUUGGAUGGAGUAUUUAUGCACAAGCGAGCUCAAAGGUUAAAGUUUCUAUGUGAAAGAAAUGAUAAGGUAUUUUUUGCAUCGGUGAGAUCUGGAGGAAGCAGCCAAGUGUUUUUCAUGACCCUCAACAGAAACUCCAUGAUGAACUGGUAACAGACGAGCACUUGGCACUCACCGCCAUGGCAUUAUUUCUAAUUUAAAGGACAUUAAACACGUGGACUAACACUGUAGAGGCAGAUGUGGAGGGCCCCGAAGAACACCGCUCCACACGCUCCCCCGGCGCUGUCAGCCCUGGGGCGGGGGCUGGACUUUCGCGCUUGGACCCCCCAAGGUCUCCUGAUUACGCUGUGUUAUAGUGGGUUAUGAGUUUUCCUUCCCCCCCCCCCCCCCCCCCCAAUUUUACUUUUUCUUUGUCCCCUACUUUGUAAGAACGGGGAAAGAAACAGUGUCAAAAAGUCUGUUUUUAAUUCUGUCUGCCUGCUAGCAUCAAAUAUAUAGUAUGUUGUAAAGUUACCAAUUAAAUCUGGUGAGAGACAGCACAAUAAAUGUACCUUUUAUCUUUGUGAUGAAGGCCAUAACCGUAUAGCUGGGUAAUUUUAGAAAUCUUUUGCCUUCACCAACAUUUACAUGUUGCUUUUGGCAGCAACGGCUUAACAGAUUUUUAAAGAAGAGAAAAAAUAAUAGGUUUUUUUCCCCUCUUUUGGGAAAUGGAUUUUAAAUGGCUAAACUACUAGCCUUAGACUAAUAAAAAUCAGCUACCAUUUUUGUCAAGUCUGUCAAUCCAUAUUUCUAUAUGGAUCUUCACAUAAUGGUGUGUCUUGAUAGGGACAGAGGUGCCAUUUGUUGUUGUUCCGGAGGUGCCCGCCUGCCCCGGGGCUUGGCCGCAGGUGCUGGGUCGGGGGGACCGGAGGAGGAGGGGACAGCGGAGCGGUUGGAGGAGCCCCGCGCUCGCCCCCGAGGCGGGAUUUGCGGCCGCAGACGGCUCCCGGGAUGCCGCGGGCGCCGGACCCCGAUGCCGAAGCCAGUGCGAGCUGUGGGUGCUCGUGUCCCCCCCUCCCCGAGCCCGGAGCUGGGCGCUGGCGUGCGGAGGCAGCCGGCGCGGGGACGGGGAAGACGAAACGAGCUGCCCGUCCCCCGCGUUGCUGGAUUAGGCUUGUAAAGAGCUUAAAAAAAUAUAUAUACGUGUGGUUUCUUCGGCCGAGGGUCUGAAUCUCUACUCGUUUUCCGCCCCCUCCGCUCCCUAGGAAUUACCCAACAUACAGUGAAAGACAACAUCCGUGCCGAACCGUGUGUGUGUGUUUAGUUCAGGUUGAAUCGUGUCCUUAUAAACUCUGCUCAGUUGAUUUCCGUUUUCGGUGCGUAUCUGGGGUUUUCUUUCUCAGUAGCUGCAAGCAUGGCCGCCUGUGGUGUUGGGGUGUCGCAUAACAAGGUCUGUGUUGCUGGUUUUAACCUACCUCGUUUCGGUUGGGGUUUGUCUUUUGGUUUGGUUUAUUUUAUUUUUUUUUUUCCGUUCCGCUGUCGAUCACAGCGCUGUUACCUCCAGCGACAUAUAGAGAGCUUAACUGGCAAUCUUGGUGUACUCAGUAACGAUGGCUUUAUUAAAAAAUGAUUAAAUCAA